CUAUACUCAAGUGUCACCAGCAUUCAGUUGGCUUUCAGCACAAGAGAUCUACAAGAUUUCUUGUGUUCAUUCUUUUCUGUGGUGUAGGCAUGUUAGCCGUGGUGCCUCGAUUAAGAGUAGGUGGAGGCAUGGAAAUGUCUGAGGAAGACAUGAGUGAGAAAAAUGGGAUUUUCACAAUAGCAAAGGCUUCAGCAGGAAGAGCUUUACUUGCUUAUAACCAAAAUGCAGUGAUAGCUGUUGAACGGCUUCAAGAGUACAUUCUCAACAGAAACAUUUCUGAUGGUAUGAGAGAUAGUUCCGAUGGCCAUCGAGUGAGAGAAACAGGAUCAGGAGGUACUGCUCUCAUGAAACGUUUACCUGACAUAACAGCAGAUGGAAUAAGGAAGACUUUUAGGAUUACUCAAGACUUAGAUAACUGCUUUGGUAAAGACAAGAAACGAAAGAGAACACGGGGACCUCGGAAUCAAAAAUUGAAUCCUGUGAGCACAACAGAGUUGGCAACAUUGGAGCAUAGUCCAAGGAGAAUGGGGCGAAGAAGUGACAUUGCAUUUCUAGGAAAUCUAAACAGUGUGCAGUAUAAAGGCUUUUUGAAAGCUAUCAAGAGAAAAGCUGAUACUUUCUAUGUAGUGUCACUGAAGGAUCACCUGCUGUUUCCAGCUGAAAACUACAACAAAACACAAAGACCUAAGAUGUCAUUUAUGAUGCCAUCAAUGUCAUUCAAUGGAUCUGCUGAUGUGAAGGAAGGAGAGGUUUCACUAAUGCAAAUUGACUGUGAAGUUUUAGAUACUCACACUGUCUCAGUAUUGACAUCAGAUAUUGAACCUGUCGAUCAUCGAGCUUCAAUGUACUCACAAACACAAUACCAUAGCAACCAAAACAUAUCAAAAUCUACAAGAUGACUUUACAUAUCCAACAGAGUUUGUUUUAUAAUAUAUUCCUGUUCAAUAAAAUGAAACACAAAUAAAAGUUUAAUUAAGUA